AUGUCUACAGAUAGACAGGAUUUUCAAAUCUGGACUAUUAGUACAAGCGAUUAUGAUAGAAAGAUUGAGUUCAGAGGUGAAUUGAUAUUGGUUUAUAAUGAGAUAACGAAGGAUACACCGGUGGAUAAGUAUAAGGUUAGCAUUAAAGAGGAAUUUACUAUUCCGAAGGGCUAUAAAUUGUUGCCCAAAAGUGACGCCACCCUUGAGGAGUGGUUAAUUGGGUUCAUAUAA